AUGGCCAGGGAUAAAUUGACAGAUGAUGAAGCCGAUAAUAUCAAAUUGCAACUAAUAGUUGCUCAGGGAAAAGAUGGUCAUGUAUAUAAUAUGCCAAAUGUUCCCGAAAUUGUUGCACUUAUUGUUGGCGAUUUUCAUCCAAGCUCAAAAAGAGAUAUUAUUGUUGAAACUCAAAAUGGAGAAUUACAAAGAAUCCAUGAACUGCACCCUAGCUAUCUACCACUACAGUACCUUCUACUCUUUCCUUAUGGAGAAGAUGGAUAUAGAGUUGACAUACGUCACCGUUCUACUUCAUCCAGCAAAAAAAGAAAGCAAAACCGUCUGACAAUGAGAAAGUGGUUUGCUUAUAGACUUCAAUCCAGGUCAAAUGAAGCAAUGACUUUAUUGCAUUCUCGAAAAUUAUUUCAACAAUUCAUUGUUGAAGGUUAUAUCAUGGUUGAAUCUGAAAGACUUAGCUACAUCAGAAACAACCAAAAGAAACUUAGAGUUGACAAGUAUUGUAGCUUACAAAAUUCAUUGGAUACUGGAACAACUAAAGGCUUAACCAAAGGCAAAAGAGUCAUCUUACCUUCAACGUUUGUUGGGAGCCCACGUUAUAUGGAUCAACUUUACUUUGAUGGUAUGGCAAUGUGCAGUCAUGUUGGUUUUCCAAAUCUUUUUAUUACUCUAACCUGUAAUCCAAAUUGGCUUGAAAUUCGUAGAUUACUUUCACCUUUGAAUCUGAAACCAACAGACAGACCAGACAUUGUAUCACGAAUUUUCAUAUUGAAAUAUGAACAAAUGCUCUCAGACUUAACAAAUGGUCAGUUACUCGGAAAAGUAGUUGCAUAUAUGCAUACUAUAGAAUUCCAAAAGCGAGAACUUCCUCAUGUCCAUUUAUUGUUAUUUCUACACCCAGACAAUAAAUAUUCAUCUUCAACUGACAUUGACCAGAUAAUAUCAGCAGAAAUACCUUCCCAUAAAGAUGACCCUGAACUAUACAUUUCUCCCUGUGAAGCUGCUUGGAGAAUAUUUGCUUUUCCAAUCCACGGGAGAAAGCCUACUAUUGAGAGAUUCAAUCUAGAAUCAGUUGAUGAACAAGAAAAUGCCACAUUUGCUAAAUGGAUUCUGGACAUUGGAGAUGGAAUUAUAGGUCAUGAAAAUGAUGGUUAUGCUACAAUUGAAAUUCCUGCCCACCUACUCAUUACUGAAUAUGAUGAUCCAAUCAGUGCUAUAGUCAAAUCAACAUUCCCAGACUUAGAUCAGCACCACAAUAAUCCUUAA